AUGUAUGCUGGUCAGGGUGUACUAGAAAAGAUGUCCGACGGACAGAUCCUCGUCCGGACUCCCAUCUUAUUGAUCGGGAUAAUUAUCUAUAGAACAUUUCGUAAGAAGGAUGUUGGAUUGGAUGGAUUGCAUGGCAUUGCAUGCAUUGCAUGAGCCGAGGGGGUCAGAGUGCGACCUUCUUAAGGGAGCGACGCGGGAACGAAGACUCAGGGCGCGGCAUAGGAAUACUUGGCUCCGUUGUAGGAGUACUUGAAUAGUGCUGGCACGUGCUAGCUAUUGUAAGUAGCUCGACUAGGCUAGCUUGCCUGUGAUCUCGACCGUCUUGCUCACUGUUCCCUGGCGCACACAGGCCACGGCGUUUGCGCUGCUCCUUGCUUGUUUCUGGGGCGAGGUCACAGUGGGGCCGUGUUUGUGUUCGUGUAUCGUAAAGUAAUUCUUUGGCGGAGCAGCCCGGUACUGCGGAGGAAGUAUGGCGCCCGAAGGGCGCCGCGCGAAGUAUAUUGUUUUUUGCGUGGUCCAUCCAUGCAAUGCAUGCCAUCCAUGCCAUGCAAUCCAGAAGUUCGGAAAUUGCCUUAUAUUCUAUUAUCAUUCUUGUGAUCAAGAACUUGCACUCUCUCACUCGCUGUUGAACGCUGAUAUUAUCAUCUUUCGACAGAGAAGAUCCUCCUGUGGUGCUCGAGUGGAGUAGAGAAUUUUUCCGUCCAACACCAUGCAUGGACGGUAACUUUCAAGAAUAUGAUACGACAAGGACAACGCGCAUAAAAUCAAAAUAUUGAAUGAUGAAGAACCAAUCUUCAUCAAGUGUGGUAAGUCUGUCGCAGAAUAACGGUUGAAUUAAUGAAC